AUGCCGCGCAAUGAGCCGGAGAGCGAUGAUUCGGACGGGUACGACCCGGAGCAGCCCAUUGCUCAGCGUCGGGAGAUUCAGCGCGGGAUGCGAAGCCUCAUAAACACGACGAACGAGUAUCAAGACGACUUCCUUGAGGCUAAGCCUCACAUGUUCGACAAGAUCCUGCUCGAAUCCGACAGCCUUUUGAAGCAGGCCAAGCAGACCUCAGAAGCGGCGAUUGAUGCGAGGUUGAUGCUGCAAAUCUCUGAGCUGUCAUACAAGCGAAGUCUGCGGUGGACUUCGGGCAAUCUCGGCAACGGCGUAGAUGUCGACGAGUUCGUCUCGAAAUGUAUUACUUACAUGCGCCAUGGAGGUGGUAUCGAAGACGAUAAUGCGGUCGAACUGUCUAGCACCCAGCGGCAAAGGAGGGUAACGAGUAACAGGGGUGCGAUAGGAGGCGACGACGACGACGACGAAGAGGUCGGCGAUGAAGGCGACAUGCUGAACUGGGCCCACCUUGGACGGUUUGCAUGUGUACCCCAUAUUUCAAGGCCUGCUGUCCCUGGCUUUCUGCUGGGACCCUUGUCUGUGGAGAAGAAAACCCGCAAGAUCACGAAGAGGACUGCGCCUUUGAAGAUUAGGGAUCUGAAGGAAGUCAGACCCGAGGUUCUGAGGACCGAAGACCUUGCAAAGGCGGAGAAGAAUGAUCUCGCGGCCAUCUGCAACAAGAUCCUAAACCGACUCAUGAAGGUUCAGUCUGUUGCCCAGGAUACCGUCACGAGCGAGCUCGAGGCACUUGGGGAUAAGCAGACCGAGGAGGACUCCCGAAAACUGAUGGAAAAGCACGCAUUACGGAGUACUGGAGGCAUUGACCUGCUCAGAUUUGUGGUCAAUCCUCGCUCCUUUGGCCAGACUAUUGAGAAUAUGUUCUACGUCAGUUUCUUGAUUCGAGAUGGCAAAAUUGGCAUCGAGUACGACGACGACGAUCUUCCUGCGCUCUAUCCCCUCCAUGCCGCAGACGAAGUCGCUCCAGGCCAACGAGCUGGUGCAAUGAAGCACCAGGCUGUGAUGUCUAUGGACAUGGCUACCUGGCGUGACAUUAUCAAGGCUUUUAACAUCAAGGAGCCCAUGAUUGAGCAUAGGAAGGAACAGACGAAUGGUGGUCCAGGGGCCAAGGGCUGGUACAGCUAG